AUGAGCAAAAAGGUUUACGGAGAGAGUAAGUCGGGGAAGUCAUCUAUGCCUGAUUAUCAUCAUGAAAUUCAUAAAAAUGAGGAUGAGAUGGUUAAGUACAUGUCCAAUUUGCCGGGUUAUUUACAAAGGGGAAAAGAAGAAAGUCGCGAGAAAGUUUUAAAUGUCGGCGUUCUUGAUUGGAACCGUCUAGAGCAAUGGAAGAACCGUCGGAAAUAUGCGUCACAUAGAAAUAGAAGGAGUUCAUCAUCAAACAAUGAUUUGUCUUCUGUAUCGAAAGAUGGGUUACCUGGUCAUUGUAGCACCGAUCAAGGGACAAUAUUGCGUCAGUCGCUGAAAUCUCACUUUAUGGCGUCUUCGAUUCAAGACCAUUCUCAAGCUGUCAAAUCCUCUAGAACAAGUAUUGGGCGCUGUCAGGAUUUUAGAGGUAGCUUCGGUAAUAUUGACACGAAGGACCAUCCUAAUAGAAGACUGAAAGAAUUCAACCGGGAAUAUUUCGAUCCGCAUAUUGAUAAGGAAAGUGGCAUCAUACGAAAUGAGAAAUUGCACAAAGCAGCAUCAAGUGCUAUACUAGAAAUUCACACUAGAGAUGGUGGAAUGGGAAAAAGAGAAGAGAAAUUGAAUGAACCAAAUAUUGAUAAUGUUGUGCAAGGUGUGCUAAGAAAAAGAGAGCCGUUUGUUCGUAAUUUUCCUACAAAGUCAGAAGCUCAUUCACUAUCAUUCUUGGCUCAGAAGUUAGAAGAUCAUACUCGAUUGAGCUUUUCAGAACAGCCUAAGGAAUUCUUUCGUAAAGAACUAAAUCACAAUAUUUCGCAUUCCGGUGCCCUUCCAGAUGAACUUAGCUGCAAUGAUUCUCAAGAUAAAGGUUCUGCUUGCAGUUCCACAGAUAUGGAAAGUUUUAAGAUUCCUGCUUCUACUUUUUCAUCGCCAGCAUCUACUCCCUCGUCACCUUUAUCAGUCAGAGUAGAAAUAAGCCCGCCCAAAUCUAGAAAAGCCGAGGAAAGGAAACAAACCAUGGCCAAAACUUUAUAUGUGAAUGUGCCUCUCCAUGAAUUAGACCAAAAAGUAACAUCUGAAAAGUCAAGAAGCUCUUCACCUUUUCGUCAAUUAAGCAGCACCAGCUAUACAAGUAGAGGUUCUGCUUGUAAAGAGACUGGGCAUGUGCGGCAUCAGAACUCUAUAAAAGCUGCUGAAUAUAGUUUAGACAAUGUGAGAGGUUGUGAUAACUUAAACAUUUCAGGAAAUGAUAAACCUGGUGAUGCUGGUAGAAGCAGGUCAAGCCCUUUAAGGAGGUUAUUGGAUCCAUUGCUGAAACCAAAGACAGCUAAGUUCAGUCGCUCAUUGGACUCAUCUCAGAAGUUUUCCGCGUCAAUAAAUAAGAAUUAUAGGUCAGCUAAUGGGAGAUUUUCAACUCUACAUCCAAUCAAAGAAGUGGAUAGGGACCAUAAGGCCGGUUGUAGCGCAAUUAAUACCGUUGAUUCUUCAAGGGAGAUGAAGCACGCUCCAUCGACGACACAAGCUCUUUUGAGAAUUGCUGUGAAGAACGGUCUGCCUCUUUUUACAUUUGCUGUUAACCAAAUUGACGGUAACAUUCUUGCAGCCAAAGUGAAGAACUUAGGCGACUCUGGAAAAGACGAAUGCAACCGCAUCUAUACCUUUUUAACCUUUAGCGAGGUUAAGAAGAAGAAUGGAAGUUGGAUGAGUAAAGCAGGCAGAAGCAAAGAACCUGAUUACGUUCCCCAUGUUGUGGCUCAAAUGAAGGCUUCUUAUUUGCAUUAUUAUGAUUUAACCGGCCAGAAUUGUAUGGACUCCUCUACCGUGAAAGAGUUUGUUUUAUUUUCUGUAAAGCUCGGGCAAAGUGAUGCUCAGGACGCCGACUAUCAGCCAAAAGACGAGCUUGCUGCUAUUGCCGUCAAAAUACCUAAAGCUAUCAGUUUCAUUAACAAUCAACAUCAUAGCAGUUGCCACAGUGAUAGUCAUGACAUUGUCCAUGCAACGGUUGUGCUCCCAGGUGGGGUUCAUAGUUUUCCAAGUAAAGGCGGACCUUCAUCACUACUUGAGCGGUGGAAAUCCGGUGGAUCAUGUGACUGCGGCGGUUGGGAUUUGGCUUGCAAACUUAAAAUUCUUGCUACUGAAAAUCAAGCCAGUAGAAAACCACUGCCAUCCAAACCUUAUUUUGCAGAUUAUCAAUUCGAUCUUUUUGUUCAGGGGAACAAACACGAUCCGUGCCCAGCAUUCAGCUUAACCCCCUUAGAAAAUGGUAUGAGUUCUGUAGCCUUUGACUCAUCGCUCUCACUUUUGCAAGCAUUCGCCAUUUGCAUUGCAUUAGUUGAUAGCAAGAUGCCAUGUGAGCUUUCUGGAACAAGAAAGUCGCAAACCGAGGAACUAAAGGCUUUUGGUAAAUUAGAAGAUAUUCCUACAAGUUAUGUUUCUAAUCCACCAGUUUCUCCUGUUGGUAGGGUCUAA